AAAUUGGUAGAGGACUGACUCUUUCCUGUUACCUCGCUCUACUGUCUACAUGCCAUACAGAAACACAGCUGGUGCCAAGUCAACGACAGGGGCAACACCGUCCAAUUAUAACACAAGGGCCAAAGCACAAGUCGCAGAGGACAUAUACUCCACAGAUCUAGAGGAAAUUCUGGUAAACAUAACCGAACAACAACCAGGUGACGAUCAAACAGAGAUUGUCAACAUAACUGAACAGGAACCAGUAGCAAAUAACCAGAUAAAUUUGCAAGACACAGAACAAGCAGAAGAAGAAAUAGAAAUAGAACCAGAAGCUGAACAACAGAUAGUGCAAAUUAUUCCAAUAGGUUUGACAAAUAAUACAAAACGAGUAAUGUCACAUAUAAAUUUAGCUCAUUUUCAUGAUGAAACAAGCCAGGUUCCUGCCAUUUGGUGGACCAUGUUUGAAAAUUACAUUAAACUACAAAAUUAUCAGAAUGAGGCAGCUUUAGCUGCAUUUUCAUUUCAUGUGGAGGGACAAGCCUCAACAUGGUAUCAUUCCUUACCUACAGAAACACGUGAUGAUCUGACAAAUUUGAAAGCUGCUUUUCUGGACAGAUUUAAACACCAUAACACAAACAAUGAGUUGUACCGCCUUAAACAACAUCCGCAUGAGACCGGGAUACAGUACUUAACUAGAGUGCAAAACCUAGCAAGUGGUGCACAGAACAUUAGUGAGCAGACAAUUGUGGGUUUAUGUAAAAAUGGGCUUAACCCAGAUAUCAAACCGUUUGUGGUAGGGAAAGAUCCCAAAACAAUAAAUGAAUUAAGAGAAGCAAUUUACCUUGCAACUAGUGUAGCAGAAUGUAAAGCUAGUGAUGUUAACACGAACAAUACAAACAUAACUACACAAAAUGUUCAAAAAUUAAAUGUAGAAAGUGUAAACAAUGUACAUUCAAUUAAUGAUUUAUGUUCUUCUUUAGUAGAGGGUAUUAGAUCAGUUUUUAAAGAACAAGUGAUGGCAGUGGGUGUACCUCAUCAUGAUCAAAACAAGCCAAAUUACAGUCAAAAUUAUAGAGGAUCAAGGCAGCAGUCACUGACCAAAUGCAAGUUUUGUGGAGUUAUAAGUCUUGCCAGGAUUUUUAUAUGGUUGUGGAUAAUGAUAUAUGUGUCAGCUGACAAGGUGCACCAGAUACAGCGUAUCAAUUAUGGAGUAGUGUUUGAGAGACAACCAAAUUUACUUUCGGGUCGUGAAAAUUGGCUUCACACUUUCAAGAUUCCCCUUCCUAGCAAACAAACUGAUGAUCACUUUGAACAAUGUGAUAUUACACAUCAACAUUGUUACAUUUUAAACCAAGUCUUAUCACAACUUACUGCAAUUAGAACUCAAGUAUCAUCAAAUGUGAAUCACACAGUCGAUGUUAUUCAUAAACUUAUUCCACAUAUUGAUAUUGAAGACAAAUCCAAUACAGAAUCUAGACUAAAGCGUGGACUAUUUGACUUUAUUGGUUCAAUUUCCAAAUCUUUAUUUGGCACAGCAACUACUGAGGAUGUAAAUAGACUAGCAAAACAUGUAAACAUUUUAAUCAGAAGAAAUAAUCAAUUUGCAAAAGAUAUUACACAUCACGAUAAAUUGUUAUCAUCAUAUAUGUCAAAAACAAAUAAGAGAUUUGAUAAUAUCAUAGUUGGUAUAAAAAACAAUUAUGAAGGUAUUCAAAAUAUCACUAAAGAAACUGCAAAAUUCAUCUCACAAUUUGAGAAACUAAGCAUCAAAUUGUCAAAAUUUUUACUCAAACAAAUGAAUGAAACAGCUGAAAUUAAUAAGUAUCUAGAAGAACUCAAAAUAGCUGUCCAUGAGUUAGUUAAAGGCAAAUUAUCACCAUUUUUAAUUUCACCACAAAAUCUCAAACGUACAAUUCAGCAUAUUCAAUCUAUCUUAAAUGACAAAUUCAAAGGUUUUUACUUAAAUAAUGUGAACCCAUCAUAUUAUUAUUCACAAGCUAACAUUUUAUAUACUAGACAUCACAAAAAUUUAUUCAUUAGCAUCAAAUUUCCAAUUACUACAUUUGUGAAUCCACUCACUCUAUACAAAAUAAACUCAUACCCUGUACCUAUAAAUACAACCAGCAAUCACGCAACUCAAUUAUUAGAUCUCCCACAGUACUUAGUAAUCACAUCUGAUAACAGACAGUAUGCAGAAUUAUCAGAUGAAUUUGUAAAAACAUGUUCAGGAAUAGAUACACUGUACUGCACAAAAACUUUUCCUUUACUUUCAUCUGUUUCACCAAGUUGUUCCUUUGCACUACUGUUCAAUGACAAAGAAAGCGUACAUUCAAAUUGCAAUUUCCGAUUCCUUACAAAUAUCAUACAGCCAGCAGUCAAAGAAAUAACUGACACAAGUUUACUUAUAUACAAAACCAAAACACUUGCUUUUGACUGUCCAUCAGGUCAUAAAAUUGAAAAAGGAUGUUCCUUUUGUAUUAUACAUGUUCCAUGUCUUUGUUCUGUAAAAACAGAUUCGUUAUUUAUACCUGCAAAAAAAGGAUUGUGCGAUAACAGUACAAAUACAGUGACUAUAGUACAUCCAGUAAAUUUAGCACUUAUUCAACACUUUUUCUCAUCAGAAACUUAUAAUUCGAUAUUAGGUGACACAACUUUUACAGACCCAGCAGACAUUACACUUCCCAACCUUCAUUUUUAUAACCAUACAUUUAACUCAGUCAUUGCACAAGACAAUAAUUUACACUUAAGCCUGAAAAGAAUAGCAAAAGCAGCAAAAGCAGACAGAAAAAUAUUUACCUCAUUGUCAGAACCAUUACUUGAUGGUGAAAUUGAUAUCGACGAUUCUUGGCCAAACACAAAUGAGAUGAUCUCGCUAAUAUCUCUUGUGUUAUCAAUACUUUUGACGAUUGCUUGCAUUGCACUAUUUAACAAAGUUCGUGCCUUGACAACAGCACUUAUACUGUUACAAAAAGCUCCAUCAUCAGCUGCAUUUGUGACACCACAAACACCACCAACAUUUCAUUACAUGCAAUCACCUAUAUCAACAACUCAAAAUUAUGAUUCAUUAUUAUCACCACAGUUAAAUCAGUGGCCAUCAAUUGUGUUGGCAGCAAUCACAAUUAUCUCAUUUGUUGGAGUAUUGCAUUAUUUAUAUAAACAAGUAUGCACAAGACAUCACACUAAAAUCAUACUUGAAAUCAGCAAUGGUUUAACAUGCUUGACAAUACCAGUUGUCAAUUUACCAUUAUGUCCAUCAGAUUGGGAUAUUGCAACACCAAAUAACAUAACAAACAUGAGAAUAUCUGGUACUUUUUAUAAAAAACUACAUGUUGAAAUGUCAGGCUUAAGCAUAGUAAAUGUUCACACAAAACAACAAAUCAAGGUACCUGACACGUUUACAGUCAAUCCAUUAAAGCAAAAAUGUUGAGAAACAUUUUUAAAUCACCAUUCACAUCAUACAUUUUAGUUGUACACAACAAUUUUUUCAAGGUUGUUUAUUGAUUGCCAUAGUAAUGUGAAUUGCCUCAAUAUGAACACUGGUACGAUACAAUUCUUUCACAGAUAUACCUAUUUAUUCAAAUUUUACAUUGUGUGACAUAAAACAUUAAUAUUUGAAUUGUAUGCGUGUAUGCUGAAAAAGGGCACAAUAUCCUAUUGUAUUCAUGUGACUUGUUGCAAAUAUGUAUUUCAGAAGUGUAUGUUGACUUGAUCCCAGAGGGAAACUUUUAGAUAUUUGGAUUUUUUUACUUUAUUUCUUAUGUUCUUUGAGGACAAAGAAUCUUUAAUGACGGGGAUAUUUGUGAUAAGGAAAAAUGCACCAUCACUUUUUCUUAUAGAUCUUUUACUUAUUUUUACUAUAGUUUUAAUAGAAAUGAGUUUUAAUUUAUUUUAUAAAUAAAAAGAAUUUCACUGUCGUCAUGUCACCCGAAUUUAUAAGUUAAUUUUUAAAGAGAUUAUAUAAAAUACCAGAAUUAGACAAAGAAAUAAAAUAGCUAUAAAUUGUCAUUUUUCUACAAAAGAUUUACAAAAGCUAUAAAUUAGAGUUUAUUAUAUUAUCUAUUAGCGAUAGCAAAUAUUAUGUAACCUUUGACUAUAUGUUGGAUUAGCAUGUCCGGAUUAAGACCACGCUAUCAUAGAUUUUAGCUCUUAGGUGACAUGGGGCCAGUGACAGGGUUUAUGAGAUAUUUUCCUUUGUGUAUAUAAUUAUUUUACCUAAUUGGGCCUCACCUGGGAAUGAAACAAAAUUUGUAUUUUAUGAAAUUGUGGUCACUUGAACAUUGACCAGCAAUUAAUAAAGAUCUAUUAUUUUCCAAAGAAUUGGUUUUUCAUUCCAGGUGAGUGUAACUUUAAGUUUUAUAAGUUGAUAUUUUUAAAUGAAUAUUUUCAUGUUUUAUGCAUUGAUAUUUUAAAUGAUAAUUCUCUAGAUGUUAAGAUAUUAGAAACUAAAAAGGGUAUAGUUGCAGUCGUAACAGCUUAUUUGAAGUUAAAAGUAUUUUUACAAUUACAGAAUUUUCUAAUGUAAAUAGUCAUGUUUUAGAGACAAAGUCUUUAUGUUUCCUAUUAUUGAAUUUAGCAUUUUUUAUCCUUCUUUUUAAUAAUUAGAUAAUUGCAAUGUUUAAAUAACGCGACUUUGUCACAUAUUUUGAUAUUUCAUAAUGUUUAAGUAUUUGAAAGAAAAGACUUACUUAUUUUAGUCAUUUGCUUUAUCGUGUAAAUAUUCUUUAGCGUCGGUAUUUUUAUUGAGUUAUUUAGUAGUUAAUUUGAAUCUGAUCAUAAAGCGCAAGUAGUUAUGGUACGUUUCAUUCCAUUUUUUAUGUUGAAAAACAGAGCGAUAUUAAGCUGUAUUUAACAGAGUUAUCUCCACUUUUAAGAAUAAAAUAAACACUGCGUCAAAUGCAAAAUUAUUAAGAAUGUGCAUUUUAUUCACUAUGAAGGCUCAAAGGUAACAACCAGAGUUGUGUAUAUUGAUUUAGUAAUUAAGACAGUUUAAGUAUGCAUUCGAAUCAUGUAUAAAUGGUUGUUUUAAAGUCAGAACUAGAAAUGAAAAUAAAGCGCAAUUCUCUCCUUGUAGCCAUAUACAUUUUUAUUGUUCAGAUUUCAUUGUUGUAUAUAAGUAUAAUGUUUUAUACUCUUGUGUUUAAAUUAAUAAUGUUCUGUUUACACUUCAUUAAUUUAACUUAGUUCUAAAGUAAAUUAUUUGGUUACCAUGGCAACACUUAUCAAAAUUCAAAAAGAGGCCCUUGUCUCACUCAUGUUGACAUUAUUUGGCAUCAGCACAUUAAUUUAAUUGAGCUAGUUAGCUCCCCCAUUUUAUCUUUAUUGUUUUACAAUGCGAAUAUAUAUGUUCCAUCUUUAUAUUAUUAUGCAUUCAGUUUAAAUAAUUAAUGUUAUUUCAAUUAUAUAUGUAUGAACUUAUUAUGUAUUGUUUAUCAUGUAUGCACUUGAACAUUGACCAGCAAUUAAUAAAGAUCUAUUAUUUUACAAAGAA